CUAUAAUUAGGUUAAAGUUAUGUCGAAGAGUGUGAUGUAAAUAAAUAAACCUAACCUUACUUUCUGAAGGUAAAAAUAACUACUGUUGUUAAUUUAAUGGAGAAUGGAAAAAUAAACGAUGUUUCAGAUGAAUCUCAGGAAAAUGACAAAAAAUUCAAAGCCAAAGCUGCAGUUUUCUUGGCGGGUGUGUCUGGAAUAUCAGCAGCUAUAGGAUUUGGAACAACUAUUGCUUCUGCCAAGAAACAAGAUCCAAAAUAUUUUGGAAAGGGAAUGGUGCCUACAAGAGAAUUACCAGAAAGCGGAGCAAGUCUAGCAUUACGAGCUUUAGGAUGGGGAACACUUUAUGCUUUUGUGGGCUGUGGCAUAUUAUUUUAUAGCAUUUGGAAAAUAUCAGGAGCUCAAAAUAUGGAAGAAUUCAGGUAUAAAGUUGGAUCGGUGUUACCAAGAAUUCCAAAAAACAAUCCUCCUAUUGGCAGAACCGAAUUCAGUGGCUUGACAGAUCUCUUAGAUUAUUUGCAGCAUCAGAAAGGAAAUAAGGAUUAAUUUAUUUUCCCCUUGUUUUUUUUUGUUGAAUUAAAUGUAAAUAUAAGACUCAUGCCUGGUA